GUGUAUAUGUAGGUGUGCGUAAAGAGUACGUGUCAGAUAUCAGUUAGGACUUUGUUUCAUUUUUGUUUAUAAAUAUUAAUACUUAAUAGUUAACCAUGAAGUAUUACUUAGCAACACUGUUGAUAGUUGUAAGUUUAACUAUCCGAAGCGAGUCAUCGCUAUUCGAAAGCGAUUCGUGUUACUCAUUUGGAAGCGGUAAUGUUUUUCCCGGCGGUGCCAGAAAAAUAGAUCAUAAAUUACAAGUUACAAAAGCCGUAAUCUCGAAACCAGCGCCCGAGUGGGAGGCGACGGCAGUCGUCAAUGGAGAAUUUACACAGCUAUCUUUAUCCAGUUUCAAAGGAAAAUACCUUGUCUUCUUCUUCUACCCCCUAGACUUCACUUUUGUUUGUCCCACGGAAAUAUUGGCAUUUUCUGAACGGAUUGAUGAGUUUAAAAUCAAUACUGAAGUCGUAGCAUGCUCAGUGGACUCUCAUUUUACGCAUUUGGCAUGGAUUAAUACUCCCAGAAAAGAGGGAGGUCUAGGAAAGAUCAACAUUCCACUACUUAGUGAUCUCAGUCAUUCCAUUGCUAAAGAUUAUGGUGUAUAUUUAGAAGAUCUGGGUCAUACUUUGAGAGGGUUGUUCAUCAUUGAUGACAAGGGCAUAUUGAGGCAGAUUACUAUGAACGAUUUACCAGUCGGCCGAUCUGUUGAUGAGACCUUAAGACUGGUUCAAGCAUUCCAAUAUACAGACAACCAUGGCGAGGUUUGUCCAGCUGGAUGGAAACCAGGACAAGACACGAUCAUUCCUAACCCAGCUGAGAAGAAGAAGUACUUCGAAAAAGUGGCAAGAAAUUAAAGACUUUCGCCGAUACUCAUCACAAUUAUUGAAAACCACGUUAAUAAUGAUUAAUUAGCGUGGUAUAUUUUUUAUAUUUAUCUUACUGUGAAUUAACUAAUUAAUCGGUUUCUGUUUCUGAUAAGACAGAUAAAGAAUCCUAUCGGGCAAGAAAACCUACAUAGGUAGUAUGAUAUACCUAAUCACAAUUAGAAUUAAAUGAUAGGUGAAAUACUCGUAAAAUAUAACUGAACAUGACAAAGUAAAUUCAAUGAAAAACAUAAAUUUAAAUGUAUUUGUCUUCAAUUUCUUUUCUAUGUUACUGUCAAUUCCCAAUAUUUUACGUCACUUAUUUCUCCAAAAUUAAGUUUUAUACAUAUAUACUGAGUUUAAAGUUAUAUGACAGCCUGAAAUUUUAGGUUUCUUUUCUUCCACUUUAAUCAUCACAUAAUAAAUUUACGAGAAGACUGAUCAUUUUUAUAAUACAAUAAAUAUAUUUUAAUAGA